GUUGGAUACCGGGAAUUCCUUUGGCUANAGCAGUGCCAGACUGUAACAUCACUUNGANAGAUAAAACAAGAAAGAAAGUGGAAAUUCAACAAAGAANAAUCGAGCAACUGCAACUUCACUCGGUUCGCUGUCUGUGGACUCGUGUCGAAGNAGCCGGUCAGCAAGAGGAAANGAGAGAGUCAUUCGACUUUGNAACUGCGAGAGCUGNAGCUUCUUUGGAUAUUCUUGUCGAAUGGACAAUUCCUUUUCNGAAAGAAGGAGGAUAUUUGCNAGCUCAGAAGUCAGUCGACGCGCAAUGUAGUGAGANAAAGAGAGCUUGUAAUGCAANAGAUGAUGNAGGAGCAACCUUUCAUGAUAUACAUUAUGUUGAAAAAGAGCCUUCUCCAGUUGAUCACAGACGAAAGGCGANAAUCGUUUNGAGAAAAGAUACAAACACUCCGAAAUUGUAUCCAAGACCUCCAGGUGNAGCACAAAAGAGGAAAUUGGGAUAAAAUAUGGUGUUGAAAUCGACAGUUUUGAGAUGUGUUUUUCGGGCCUCCAGUAUAGGAACGUUUGUUUUGUCCACGAAAUUGUAGUAGUUGACUCCAUUUUUGGGUGUGCCAAACUAGAUUACUUGUAAGUAAUACGUUACUAGAUCAUAGAAAUUCAUUAAGUU